AGUCUACUGUGCUGAACGAUUCAGCAACUCCAGAUAUAACCCAAAUGAUUGAAGUGUUAAGAUUUGUUUGUUAUGAAAUGGGCCUGUUGGAAACAGGCCAAAAACAGGAGAUCGUGUCCAGGUUAAUAAAGGAAAGUCAUAACAGAUUGGGCCCAGAGGACUUUGUUGAGGAUGUGGGUGUAACCAGAAAGGCAAAGGAAGCUCAGCCGCAGCUUUUGAGAAGCCAGAAUGAUACACUAUUAGAAGAACUAGAAGCUUUAAGUGGGACCCUGCUCAUAGAUGACAUUGAACGAAAGAGUGUUUGGACCAAGCGGAAGUUGACUAAGCAGCGUAAUCAGUGUGAAUACAAUGAGUGGUGUAGGGCAGAAGUGUUAAUGGAUAAGGUAUUAGCCUCGGGUGAUAUGAACUACAUUUGUAUAGCAAGGCAGGUCACUAUGAAAAGGGCCUAUGUUGUAAGAGUGGACGAUAAAGAUAGUUGGGAGGUUGCUACGAAAAUGGCAAAUACCCAAAAAACCAAAAAUUUUUCACUACACUCGGAUGGAUCAGCACCAGCUGCCGACACUGACCUUGCAAAUAGGUGGGAUCCCUACAGUACAAACAGCACAGGUGUAGUUGUAUGCUCAACAAACGGUUUUUCAGCUACAGUACUUGGGUGCAAUUAG